AUGCGAAAGCUCGGCGAAAAAAGAGUGACAAGAAUCCAGGCCGCUCAAGUUGCAUUGCUCCCCCAGCCGCAAACCCGAGCAGAAGCAUCACCGGUAACUGACCUCGAGCCCGGUCCACAACCUCUCCAUCUAGGACCUGCACCUGGAAAGAGGUCCAUCACUUCCUCAACUUCGGAGCACACCGGCAAGAAAACUCGAUUGAGGCCUCAAAGCUCGCCUCGCCAGGAGACUAUGCAGUGGCAGAGCAUUAUCGGGCCGGGCAUAACAGCCAGAAACGAAUCUCCCUGGGAUACUUUUAAAAAGUACUACGAUUGUGAUUUAGCCGGCCCCGUCGCGGUAUGCGUACGGUCCUCUGGUGACCGCGGCGUCUGGGCGGCGCGCCAGUAUCCAAUUGAGGACGCUGACAAGGUUCUGCGGAACCUCCGCUCCAUGCGCCAUAGGAACUUGGCAUCCAUUAGGGAGUAUUUCCGCACUCCGGAGCUUCUGUACACGCUGGGGGCUUUUGACCCUCUCGUUCUGGAUCAUAUCGUCGCUUGUAAAGCCUUCCCAGAUGAGCAGGAGCUCGCAGCCAUAAUGUCUCAGCUCGUUGACGGGCUGUCAUAUCUCGCUGCGAACAACUUUCACCACACAUCUCUGGACUGUUCUAGCGUCCUCGUGAAUUUAAAUGGGCACGUCAAAAUCGCACGGAUCGAUUGCUGUGUGUUCCGGCAAAGAGGUAGAGUCAAUGCCAGUGAUCUGGCGCCAGUCUCGAGAAUUAUGAUGGAAUUGAUGCAAAAAUAUGUCAAAGAAGAUGGGGCAGUAGGAAUUGAUAAUCUCGACCGCUGGAGAAGCUGCCCGGCUGCGAUCGAAUUUCUCUGCGCUACGACCUCGGCAAGCACUUUUGAGGAACUGAAAGAGCAACGACUGAUGACGGAAAUUCCAUGCUGCCCUGGGAGUCUCAUCGGACUUGCAUGGUUCGCGUUGAUCUCCGCUCGCACAUUCUACUCGUACACGCCAGGGCCCAUGAAGAACGAUUAA